AUGGCCGCUGUCGACCCGCCCAUGGUGGCGUUGUUUAAGAAUGCUGUAUUUUUGGACCGAUUUGUAGAGAUGUGUAUUGAUGAUGGAGGACACGAUGCUCUCCACAGUCUUGUGAAAUUAGCCAAGGGAGAAGCAGGAUUGUAUAUUCUUCUCCUGCUCAAGAAGGGGACACCUAAUGGGUGGACCGCCGCUCACACAAAUCGCGCAAAGAUGAAAUACGCUACGUACCAUCUUGAUGAUCAUAAAGCCUGCAGAGACCUCAUGCCCCAGCCAACGGCUUACUUCCCACCGGCUCCUUCGGCUGCCAUUACUUGGAUAAUCCGCAAUUGUUCUGACUGCUUUAAAUUUCUCGUACGCCAAGAAGUUAUCAAGCCCACCGGAUACAACCAUAUGUUUCACAGCUACUUUUGCCAUGCCUGUUCGUCCCCAGCGAGCGUACCUCUUGCCAAAUGGAUAUUGGGCAGAAUACCAAAUGAGGAACUCUUUGCUCCUCAGGCAUUGGGUCCGACCAUGGCACCUCUCAGUUGGCCUCAAUCUGCUAUUUUUUGGCGUACGAGGAAUCAUGAAGACCUCUUCGCCCAAUAUAUUAACAGGCUUGAGGCUCUGUCGCGAUUGGAGUUUAAUACUGCUACAAUCCCCGUUAUCCGGGGUGGAGGGAACAUGGGGUUGGUGAUGGGAGGUGCCCACAUACAUGCCCUCGUAGCCAGGUAUAUAACCCCGAAGAUAGCAAAUGAUUUUGGAAAUCACUUAGCUCCGAUGUGGAGUUUCAAUGUAAACGAACUCGGUGUGGUAGAUGAUAAUGGUGAUAACCAGAGUUUAUGGAUAGCUUUAAUAAAUGAGAGAAACCCUCGAAGAAUUCAUCUGAUGAGAUGGAUGGCAGCAAAUCCUUUUCCAGUCUUUGCAGCUAUGCCAUCUGGAACCUUCGUGAACGAACCCCUCUACUGGCCGGCGAAUUCGAAAGGCUGGAUCUGGGAGGUAACACCACUGGGAGCUGCGGUUGCUUCUGGGGAUACAGCGGUUGUUCAAGAGCUUUGCCGUAUGCCUAUUGUCAAUAUCCUUAGCAAUUGCGGUUGCGCUCAUCCCGGGACAAGGACGUUUUCCGGUACUGCUGGAUUGUUGAAUGAAUUGCGAGAAGAGAGUUUGUCGGCAUUUGAAUUAUGGCUGCGAUAUGCUGCGCCACUCAUCCGAGCACAGGGGUUAAUAUUUCCUGAGGUAGUACGCAUGUUCCAUCAUCUUAUGAUACAAACGGCGCUCAACCGUGAUAAGUGUGCGACAAGAAUGGAUGCUGCUCCGACUCGCGCAGCGAAGAGAAUAAUUUCUCGAGAACGAGACGCCAUCGAAGCAACUUGUAUUAGGGCAAUUCGGAUUAUUUACGAUGCUUUCCGAACCAUACAAGGUCCUACAGAUACUCGCAUGAGCAGACAAGUGUCGAAUUCCACUCAAACUCUUUCUCUCGUUGAAUUGUACGAAGACCCUUUGUUUAAGAGUUGGGCAUCGUCAGCGAUUGUGAACGGUAGGAGCAGAGAACCCAUGUGGAAUAUGCCCAAUGUUUUUGCCGCAUUACUGCCGACCACUUCUCGGUAUACACUGAGACGACCAUCUACCUCAGCUGAUGUACAUAUGGAUACCUCCUGA